AUGGCCUCCGGCCUAAUCCUAAACCCGCACCUCCUCCUCCAAACCCUCCCACUGGCAACCAGCACGGCAACCCUCGCACACGCCCUCCUAGAACUAACAACCAACACCGCCUUCCUCCUCCCCUCUCUCCGCCCAACCUCCGACAAAAUCCUGCCAAAAUGGUACGCGCAUGUCUUCAACCGCGCCGUAUGGACAGUCCUCGCCCUGAACCUGGGCACGAUAACCUCAGCCGCUGGCACGCUCUUCUUGAAUCGCUAUUACCCGCAAAAGCCACUGCAGACGACAGCGUGUUACUGGGUCGGGCUGGCUGGCGCGAUCGGACAUUUGGUUUUCGUGCCGUUUGUCGUUGGCCCGGUGAAGAGGAUUGUGGAUGAUGUUGCUGUUAAGGAGGAUUUGGGGGAGAGUGGGGUUGGCGCGUCGGUUGAUAUGGCGCGUUGGGUGGGGGUUCAUCGGGUUCGAAUGGUUGCGGACUUUUCGGCUUGGGUUGCUUUUAUUGGGGCUGUUUUGACGUUGUAA